GGGUUAUUUUUCCCAUAAAUCCUGGCAGCAUUAUUAAUUAUUACGUGAGCAUUUGCGCUUUGAAGAACGCAAGAGGCAACGACUGAACAACCUUGGGAGUAAUCAGGAGUGGGCGCAGGAUACGAAGCGAGCGAGCCAGUGCUAAUCAUUAUCAUCAAUUCCGGAUUUGCAAUAAAGGAACGCAGAAAAGCUUAAAUUAAAAGACGAAUUGAAGCAAUAUAUUAUAUGAUGCCAAAACUUACAUGGAGGAUUGAAGAUUUCUCGAAAAUUGAUGAUAUAAAGAUUUACUCGGUGACGUUUGUCGUGAAUGAGUACAAAUGGAGGCUGUGCCUUUAUCCAAAAGGAAACCCAAGAGAUCAUUUGUCUCUGUUCCUCCGUGUGGUUGAUACAUCAAGCUUACCCGAUGGGUGGAGUGUAACCCCUAAAUUCAGUCUAGCUCUUAUUAACCAGAUACACACCAACAAAACCAUCAAGAAAGAUACGGAAGGUAAAUAUGACGCUCUAUGCACUACUGAUGGCUACUCUUCAUUUAUCUCGCUCAGUAAGCUUCACAAUAAAAGUGAAGGUUAUCUUGUCGAUGACAUUUGCUUGAUCGAAACUGAAGUUUCUGUUCUGGAUGAUGCUUCUCAAAGCUCCAGUGAUGAAGUAAGUUUCCAAUCCAUGUAUAUGUACAAAAAUGAUUUGUGUAGAAGCUAAGUUUUACAAAAUUGCUUCAUGUAGACGUUAAGUUUAUUAUGAUGCAUAUCAGUAUAUAAUGUCCAUUUUUCUGUCUAUGCACAAACAUUUUUUUCCUUUUUGAAAGGGUGUCACGAACAAUAAAUUAUUGGUUUAAAAGUUGUCUCCAUACAGACAAAAACAGGGAUGUACAUGAGACGUGUACAAA